AUGCGGAUGCUCUAUAUAUUGGUCGGCAACUGUCGAUUGGUUAUAGCCAUCUCUUUUUUAGUUCUAUUACUCGUCGUGGAUAUGUUGAGGACUAGUUGUUUCUAUUUCUUUGUUAUUGUUUUUGUCAUCCUUUCUCGGACUUACUUAUGCGAGGCUCGCCAUCUUGCACCCAUGGAGAAGAAGCUUCAUGUGAAUCGCGAUAACUUAAUUGCGAAGAACAACGAAGAGAUUAAAAAGCUAGAAGUCCCGUCGACAAACAACACGAAAACCAUAUCAAGCGAAGCACCGAUCAAACAUGCCGUAGGUGAUCAUGGCGAGAUCAUUGAUAAGAAUACGAAGGACGAUUGCAGAGUAAACCGAGCUUCACUAGUCAAAACAAGUGUGUCGUCAAAAAGAGUCUCAAGAACUUGGAAAGUUCCCAAAUAUUCAAAGAAGCUGCCUAGGUCGGAUCAGGAACAUCCUGGAUUCAAUCUUGAUUAUAUGCAGCCCACUACGCACCCACCUCAUCAUAAUUAACCUUAUAGUGAUCAAGUUUCCAUAUUGUGAUUUAUAUAUAUACAAUAAUUUUAAGUCACGCGAAGAAUGUCGUCCACAUUUUAACUCUUUCAAUAUAUGGUCACAAACGACCUAGUUAUAAGCUUAUAACAAAAAAGAUUAUGUAAAAUUAGUUAGAAAACAGGUUCUUGAUAUUUGUUCAAUACACGCUUUCGCGCGCAUACAUCAAUAACGAUGCACUAUAUAUAUUUACGCGUCUUUACAUGCACUUACAUGUGA